CGAAUAUGGCCGACGACGAUGGCGUCAUGAUGCCUGCGGCGGAAAGCGGCUUGGCUACAGCAAGUACAACUCCAUCGGCAGAGGUUGUGGACGCUCCACAAGGCUCGACGGAUGGACUUCUACAGACGGCAGCACAAAAUGCAGUAGACGAGGCUGCCAAGUGGAAGGAACGCAGCGCACGUUUAGGCAGUGCAGUGAACCAACAAAAGGCUCGCAUUCAGGAACUCGAAGAGUCCGACACGAGAUUGAAGCGACUGCUCAACUUGGCCAAACGAAGCAUUGAAAGCAAGGAUGCGUCGAUUGAGUCCCUCAAGCAGCAGGUGGUUGAGUUGAAGGCCGCAGCGGCGAAACAAGGUCGGGCCAAGGACCCACGCCGCAUCCUGCACAAGGUGAAGCACGUGAGCCAUGCCGGGCUGACAACAUUGUGGUGUCUUGUCGAGUACACAAGCGACGAUGACGACGAUUCACGACCCCCCGAGAGUGGGUGGCUCUCCUUCCAGAGCGAAGACGAUCUCGUCGAGUACGUCCGGCGUGCCGCCGGGGAGCCCUUGCGCGUGCCCGACCUAAGUCUCCCUCCCUCCGACAUUCACCAAAUGACGCAAGACUUGAGCGACGAGCUUGAGCGAGUCCAAGAGGAAUUCCGGCGGUAUCGCGUGCGAUCGGAAAUUACUCGCAAGCAAAAAGAAGCCGAGCUGCGCAAGAUUAGCGCAACAGCCUUGACAAAGCAGACGGAGCACAUUGGAGGGGUCGACCUCCAGCAAGAGCUCCAAGCCGCGCGGCUACAAGUUCGGCGAUUCAGUCAGCUCCAAACGGCUGCGGAAGAACGAGAACGAGAGCUCCAAGACAAGUACGACAAACUCACGCGCGACUAUGCGAAACUGAGCGGGACGAUGGGCGAGACGGUUCUUGCGAUGGAGUGGCGGUCGCGGUACGAGCAGGUCGUGGCGGAGAAGGCCGCGUUGGAGGAACAGGUCGUUGCAUCUUCGACAUCGGCGGCGCAUGGCCACCACUUGCUCGACGUUGAAAUUGGAGGCAAUGACAUCACGAAGCUCAAGAUGGAGUUUGCUCUGUACCGAAAACGGGCGAUGCAAGUCGUGGACCAAAAGGAAAAGGAGCUCCAGCAAUAUACGAGCCGCACGCAUAGUGGCGGUAGCACAGGCGCCCUCAGCGGAUUCUCGUCGGCAGGAUUGCGGCGCAUGAGCAGCUCCAACAGCUUGAACGGAUUCGAAACGUCGUCGCACGCCCCGACCACGAACGAGUACCUCAAGAACAUCGUGAUCAAGUACAUGUCGACGGACCAAGAGGAGGUCAAAGAGCACAUGGAAAAGGCGAUCGCAACCGUGUUGAACUUUUCUCCGACCGAGGUCAAGAAGAUUCAAGACAAGCGAAAGGGCGGCGCCGCUGGGUGGGGGCUCUGGUGAUGAUGGCAUGGACUGGAUAUAGAUAGGCACACGCGCGAGGGCCGCUUCGGCCACGAGUAAACCCACGACAUGAACACGACUGUCGGUGUUGCAACUGCUAUUGUCUGCAGUGUCCAC